AUGGAGUAUUUAUUUCCUGCAUCGAUGCAGUGUUCAUAUUCUGACGUAUCUAGCUCCAUAAUUUUUCAUGAGACCCAAAAGUAUCUUGAAAGUGCAUCAUCACUCAUCACAACGCUCUUGCUUAACAUUGCAAAUGAGGCUGUAACGCGGCAGUUACGCACAGUAUUUAUCCGAAAAGAGGCUAUUUUAAAAUAUGAUUUCGUUCACGUUCAUGGUUGCAGUAAACUUGUUACCUCCAAUUGGGAUAAUGUUCAUUUCGUAUACCUGCCCUCUGAAGAUGCAUUAAUACGUUGGUUCUCACAUGUUCAUAUGGGACGAGGUUUUGCUGACGUUAUUAUUGUUGAAGGACUGGAUCAGUUCGUGGAAAAUGAUAAUGACUCAUCAUAUAUUAUUAGAUUAACUAAUCUACUAGAAGAUACUCGACAAUUUAUCCAUAGUUUUACGAAAGAGACUGAUCAUGGUCAUAACUGUAAACUUAUAGUGUCUUCCAGUCUGAAGGGUUCACAUGCAUCCAAAAAAUCUGAUCUUGCACAAUAUCAUCGUGACACGCUCCCAGCACAUGCUCUGAUCAGAACGUUCUUUUUGCAGGGAGGAGCUGGGAGUGAUUUAUUUGAUUUUUACUCAGUUGAAGAUAAUUGGAAGUUGAAUUUAAAAAGACAAUAUGAUGAAGUUUUCUGGACAACAAACCAAUGA